AUGGUUGAGAACGAUGGGAAGAUGGUGAGAAUUCAAAGGCCUAAAUUGAGGUCAGGUUUUCACAAAAACUGUAAUGGGCGUGGGAAGUUUGUGCCCAGAUUAGGAGGCUGCCAGUGCGAUGAUGGAUGGGAAGGACCAGACUGCUCUACGAAAAGCUGCCCCGACAACUGUGGUGGGAAUGGCAAAUGCGUUGAUGGUGUUUGCCAGUGUUCAGAGGGUUACACGGGCACUGAUUGCAGUGAAAAGCUAUGCAUCCCUGCCUGUGAGUUUGGAACAUGCGUCGAUGGUAUCUGCGUAUGUGAAAAGGGAUACACCGGCGUAAGCUGCGGAGAGAAAUUAUGCAUCCCUGCCUGUGAGUUUGGAACAUGUGUAGAUGGUAUCUGCGUAUGUGAAAAGGGUUACACCGGCGUAAGCUGCGGAGAGAAAUUAUGCAUCCCUGACUGUGAGUUUGGAACAUGUGUAGAUGGUAUCUGCGUAUGUGAAAAGGGUUACACCGGCGUAAGCUGCGGAGAGAAAUUAUGCAUCCCUGACUGUGAGUUUGGAACAUGUGUAGAUGGUAUCUGCGUAUGUGAAAAGGGUUACACCGGCGUAAGCUGCGGAGAGAAAUUAUGCAUCCCUGACUGUGAGUUUGGAACAUGCGUUGAUGGUAUCUGCGUAUGUGAAAAGGGAUACACCGGCGUAAGCUGCAGAGAAAAAUUAUGCAUCCCUGACUGUGGUAGGUUUGGAAAAUGCGUUGAUGGUAUCUGCGUAUGUGCAAAGGGAUACACCGGCAUAAACUGCAAAGAGAAAUUAUGCAUCCCUGACUGUGGUAGGUUUGGAAAAUGCAUUGAUGGCACAUGCAAGUGCUCAGAAGGUUAUACUGGUCCAGUGUGCAGAAAGAAAAAAUGCCCUGUUGACUGUGGAGAGCAUGGGAGAUGCGUAGACGGAGUCUGCCAGUGUUCCCAGGGAUAUACCGGCACUGCCUGCAAGGAGAAGAAAUGUGCCGUUGACUGCCGUCCCAAUGGGCGCUGUGUCGAUGGAACCUGUGUUUGUAAUGAGGGCUUCAUUGGAGACAGCUGUUCCAUAGACAUUGCUGGUCUCUGUAGCGGAAAUGGUAGAUAUAUAAUAGCCACCGGAACCUGUGAGUGUGAUGAUGGCUGGGAAGGGCCUGACUGUUCCGAGAGGAGUUGUCCAAAUGGCUGUGCCAACAAUGGGGUAUGUGUUGAUGGAGUUUGUCAAUGUGCCAGCGGCUUCACUGGCCCAGACUGCAGUGAAGAAGUAUGCCCACUUGACUGUGGAGAGAACGGAAAAUGCGUUGGGGGCUUUUGCCAGUGUGCAGUAGGAUACACUGGUCCAUCAUGCAGAGAAGUUGACUGUGUCAUCAGCUGUGGAGAAAAUGGGCGCUGUGAUGGUGGUCAGUGCUUCUGCGAAGAAGGAUUUUAUGGCGAAGCUUGUUCUGAAUUGAUGGCUGCAGAGAGCUUACGCCUUGUCAGCACAACAGAGGAUUCACUGAGCAUUGCAUGGGACCUGUUGCUGGACAUCGAUUACUAUAUUCUUACUUACUUUCCAUUUGGUGAAGAACAACUGAAAAAGCAACAACAAGUGUCUGAAAACCAAGAUAGUUACCGGAUCAUGGGUCUAAACCCUGGCACCUUGUACCAAAUUAUAUUAUACCAAAUCAAGAAUCGGGUGACGAGUGACCCAGCUGAACUCCAAGGCAGAACUGAUGACGCAUCCUUGGGAACUCUGUGGGUGACGGAAGAAUACGAAGAUGCCCUGGAGAUUGAGUGGGAAAAUCCAAGUAAUAAAGUGGAUUAUUUUAAAGUCAUGUAUAAAGCUAGGUCAGGCGGAGCAGAGACAGCAGUGAUGGUACCACAGUCCGAUGAUGCCAAGACGAGAUACACCAUCUCAGAUCUGAUCCCAAGCACCACAUACGACAUUAAACUCCAAUCUGUGAGAGGGCUGGUCGAAGGAAAAGCUUCCUCUGCUGUUGGCGUUACAGGUAUUGAUGGGCCCAAAAAUUUAAGGACCACAAAUGUGGGCGAGGAUACAGCCAGCCUCUCCUGGGAACGCAGCCAGGCCGAUAUAGACAGGUACAUUCUCAGUUACACAUCACUAGAUGGCGCCACUGAAGAGGUAGCCGUAGACAAAUCAAAGGAUUCCACCGUCGUAAGCAACCUUAUCCCAGGCAUGGAAUAUAUCUUCGAACUCUGGGCAGUCAAGGGCAACAAACGCAGUAAGAGAACCAGUGUCACAGCCACAACAGAUAUUGACGCACCCAAAAAUCUAAAGGCUUCCGCGGUCACAGAGACAGAACACUCGCUAACCUGGAAUCCACCUAUUGCACAGAUAGAUGGGUAUACAUUGAUCUACGAGGACUCCGAUGGAAACAGCCAGGAGGUCAACUUAGAUUCUGCAAGCAAGAGCUACGUGCUCAGAGGGCUGAGGAUGGGAUAUGAAUACACUGUGUACCUGUUGGCUUAUAAAGGAAAUCUUAAAAGCAAGAGAGCCAGAACUGCCUUCUUCACAGAUAUUGACGCACCCACAAAUCUAAAGGCUUCCGCGGUCACAGAGACAGAAUACUCACUUACCUGGAAUCCACCUAUUGCAGAGAUAGAUGGUUAUACAUUGAUCUAUGAGGACUCCGAUGGAAACAGCCAGGAGGUCAACUUGGAUUCUGCAAGCAAGAGCUACGUGCUCAGAGGGCUGAGGAUGGGAUAUGAAUACACUGUGUACCUGUUGGCUUAUAAAGGAAAUCUUAAAAGCAAGAGAGCCAGAACUGCCUUCUUCACAGAUAUUGACGCACCCACAAAUCUAAAGGCUUCCGCGGUCACAGAGACAGAAUACUCGCUAACCUGGAAUCCACCUAUUGCAGAGAUAGAUGGGUAUACAUUGAUCUAUGAGGACUCCGAUGGAAACAGCCAGGAGGUCAACUUAGAUUCUGCAAGCAAGAGCUACGUGCUCAGAGGGCUGAGGAUGGGAUAUGAAUACACUGUGUACCUGUUGGCUUAUAAAGGAAAUCUUAAAAGCAAGAGAGCCAGAACUGCCUUCUUCACAGAUAUUGACCCUCCUACUAAUCUGCAAUCUUCUGAGAUCUCGACGUCUGAAGCCUCUUUGACUUGGACUGCACCUACUGCCCAGAUAGAUGGCUAUACAUUGACUUAUGAGGACGCGGAUGGUAACAGUCAGGAGAUUAACCUGGAUGCUGGAAGUACAAGCCACACGCUAACAGGAUUGAGCAAAGGAAUGAAAUACAACGUGUACCUCAAAGCUUACAAAGGCAGUCAAAGGAGCAGACAAGCAACUACUUUCUUCUCUACCAGAUUUAGACUGGCCAUUGCAUACACUCAUCCUAAGGACUGCAAUCAGGUCCGUCUUAGCGGGAACAGUAAAAGUGGCGUAUACUCAAUCUACCCUGGUGGAGACAAGGGAAAAACUAUCAGAGCAUAUUGUGACAUGGAGACCGAUGGAGGCGGAUGGACUGUCCUUCAAAGAAGAAGCAGUGGAAAACUUGAUUUCAAUCAGAAAUGGAGAAUAUAUGUGGAGGGCUUUGGGGAUCCCAAUGACGAGUAUUGGCUUGGUCUGGAAUCCCUUAACCUACUUACAACUACUUCAGGACCAUAUGAACUGCGUGUGGAUCUUCGUGCUGGUUCUGAGUCGGCGUACGCACUGUACCGCACAUUUAGUGUAGGCUCUUCCAGAGACAAGUAUAAACUGACGGUUGGUGACUACUCUGGAACUGCAGGGGAUGCUCUUGUAUACCACAAUGGAUUGAAGUUCAGUACAUCUGACAGGGAUAACGAUCUUGCUAUCACUAACUGUGCCCUUUCGCAUCGUGGAGCUUUCUGGUACAAGAAUUGUCAUCUCGCUAACCCCAACGGACAAUAUGGAAACUCUGCUCACAGUCAGGGUGUCAACUGGGAACCAUGGAAGGGUCAUGAAUUCUCCAUUCCCUUUCUGGAAAUGAAGAUGCGGCCCAUUGCGUCAUCCGAAGAGAAUUAGUAGAGAAAGAGGGAAGCUUAUGGUAAAGAAGACCAAAAAAAUAGGCUCUAUCCAACAGACAUCAGCCUGGAGAAGAUUCAUGAUGUUUUGAAGUUCUACAAGCAUCAAACAUUUUGACACAAGGAUUUAGAGUUUCUCCCCAAACUGUACAGUCCUGUGAACCUGAACACAGAACUCUCUUUUUGAAUUUCUACUGCUUUCUUUAUAAUACAAAUUAGAUCACAAUGGGACUGCUGGAUUCAAAAUAUUUCCAUAAAAGUAACCAAUGCUGGUUGGGGUCCAGGUCUGAAAAAUAAAAUAACAGGCAUGCAUAAGACUUGAAAAAAAUGUCCAAAAGGAGCAAAACGCAGCAUCGUAUUGGUGCCAAUAAAUAUUUACAGGCUUUGUAACUACGUGCCUGACUUCAACUCUUUGGAUUAAUGUGAGGAGUUGGAAAUAUAGGCACCAACGUUGACCCUAUCGGUUAUUAUCUGGGUGCCGUCUGUAUAUGGGAUUUAGAGCAAAGGCUCAAGUGCUUUGGUCACCAAAUUGAAUCUAUGGUUUUUUGGAACUUUUUGGUCUGCAGCUUCCAUAAUUUAUCUUUACACAUGGUUGUUAAUGUAGUCCAACAAGAGCUGGAGAACCACAGACUCAUCACCAGUUCCUCCUGGAAGGUAUCUUUUUGUUGGUCUAAGAGAAUCGACAUUACAUCUGUAACUAAGGUUUUGCUUUUUUCAUGUUAUCACAGCUAUAUAUUUUCCUGUAUCUAGUCAUAUUGUAGAGUUUGAAUGUUUAUUUAAAGCAAGCAUCUGCACAGCACAAUUCAUUUUUUUUUAUUGAGUGAACUGAACUGGGACCAGCACCUAAAAUUAUUUGAAUGUAAAUAAUAUUUUUUUUUCUAAAAUUGAUCUCUUGCUGGCAAGUAAACCACUACUCAUGAUGGCCCAAAACAAAUGUAUAUACCUUCUUAGGCUGCACUUUACAUUAAAAUAUCUGUAUUUUAACUCAGAAAUAAAGUUGGCCUAAACAAAAGUAAA